AUGCUGGCAGCCUCCCUUCUCGCCCUCCGCCUCCUCCUCCUCGUCGGCGCCGCCGCGGCAGGGGCGGUGGGGGUGAGUGGUGGGGGCCUGCUGUGGUGCGUUGCCAAGAACAACGCGGAGGACGGCGCGCUGCAGAGCGCCAUCGAUUGGGCGUGCAGCGUUGACGGCGGUAGCGCCGACUGCGCGGCCAUCCAGCAGGGCGCCGCCUGUUUCAAUCCGCCCGACCUCCAGCAGCACGCCUCCUACGCCUUCAACGACUACUUCCUCCGCUCCGGCGGCGCCGCGAGCCCCGCCGCCUGCGACUUCUCCGGCGCCGCUGCACUCACCGCGCUCAACCCCAGUAAGAACCCCGAAUCUCUUGUCCACGCUUUGAAUGAUUGA